AUGGACGGGAAAUAUAGAGCAAUUACGGUAAAUUGAAGCUGAAUAAAAUUGAUGAAAAUGUUCGAUUUCAGCUCUUGUGCACUCUGGCAGUCGCUGUCAACACUCAAAGUGAGUUUGUGAUAUAUUUUGUUAAUAUGAUAACCGAUAAGCUAACAAAAACACAAAAAAACAAAAAAAUCAUCAAAAAGAGGAAUUCUAAAAAAACCUCUGAAUUGGGCUUUUUCUAGGUUUUUUUGCUCCUUCUGAAUAUUUGUCAAUUAUAAAAAAAGUUUUUUUCCACUCAACUUUUUCAACAACUUAGAUAAAUGCUGUUUUUCAAAUUGCAGCCUUCGGAUGUGUCAAUCCAUCCCUAACCGAUCGAGACCGUCAGAUGUUCUACAAUGCGCACAAUGACGCUCGUCUGAGUCUAGCCAAAGGAUUGGAACCCAACAAAUGUGGCCGACUUUCAUCUGGAAAGAACGUCUACCAACUGGUCUGUUGAAAGACUUGUUUUCGAGGAAAAAGGACAUUUUGCAGAAUUGGGACUGCGACAUGGAAGCAAAAGUCCAAGAAUGGGCGACUGACUGUCCCAACUCUUUUCAGACUUUUGAUAGCACUUGGGGACAUAACUAUGUUACGUGAGUUUUUUAAAAACACAUCUUAAAACCAUGGAGACAUGUUUCAAGGUUUCAUAAUCGUGUUUGAAAGCAAGUAAUGUGUAAGUUGCAACAUCAGAAUUUUUUUUCGAUCUAAACAAAAAUAGAAACUUCAAGGUACACUGGUACAAUCUCUGACCAAAUGGGUACGGCUGCUAGCGCUGUCAAUAACUGGUGGAGCAGUGUCCGAACCAACGGAUUGACGGAUCCAGACAACAAAUACACUAACUCUGCACUUUUCCAGUGGGCCAAUGUAAUUUAUUUAUUUUCUUACGCAGUUUUCAAAUUAAUCAGCGAAAUUGAAAAUUCAGAUGGCUUUCGGUAAAACGACAUCCUUUGCCUGUACUUACAAAGCCUGUUCUGGAAAGUUUGUGGUCGGAUGUUUCUACAACAAAAUGUAUGAAUAGAGAGAAUAUGGCCGGAAAAAUGAAUCUACAGAGGAUAUGUCACGAAUGCAGUUAUUUACGAGAAAGGAGAAGCUUGUUCCACAGACACAGACUGCACGACUUACUCGGGAUCUUCAUGCAGAGAUGGACUCUGUUACCAAGCUCCAGUGGCUCCAGGUGAGUUUCCGUUGGUUUUUUUUCGAAACAGCCACUUCGAAGCUCAGAAUGAUCAUUCUGCAAAUUAGGUUUUGAUAGGUAGAGUUUUUUUCUUGAAAGCAGAAAUGUGCAGAUCUUUCAUUUAUUUGAAAAAGGAAACUCUAGGCUUCCUAAAAAUUGAUCUUUUUCUUUGUCAUGAUGUAAAUUUCACCUGGAUUUCAGUUGACCCAACUUUCACCAUGUGUCCUGGACAGACUGUGAUGUCGGAUCAAUCGCGCCAGAAGUUUGUAGACACCCAUAACUAUUUGAGGCAUGUCCAGCUUUUAUUUUUUCUGAUAUUUGAAAAUCUUCCAGAUCGAGACUUGCCAAAGGACUCGAAGUUGAUGGCAUUUCGGCCGGCGCACUCGCUCCUGCUGCUAAGCAAAUGACCAAAAUCGUAACUUUUCUUUGGAAAUCACAUCAUUUUCGGCUUUCUUCAGGUUUACGACUGUGCUAUCGAGCAAAAUGCCCAGUCAUGGGCACAAAACUGCUUAUGGCAGCAUUCUGAUUCUUCUGCUCGUCCUGGACUAGGAGAAAAUAUGUACUACACCACUGCUCUCAACGUGGAUAGGAUUCAAUCUGGCGAAGAUGUUAGUGCUUUGAUCAUUUGUCACAGAGAAAAAAAUAAUUUUUUUGAGUUUCAAGAGUCAUAAAACAAAAUUGAUUUUGGAAACGUCUCGCAAAAAGUCAUUUUUUGUAAGGAUUGAUGGAAUUUUUUACACAUUUCGCACCUGAUCAGAUAUUUCAUAGCUAGUUUUCUUAUCAAUUCAAGUCAAUCUGAUUCCAGUGGCCCGAGGUUAGUUGGAAUACGAAAUAAACUUCAAGAAUUUAUUUAUUUUCAUACUUUCUUACAGGCCUCCGUUGCCUGGUGGUCCGAGCUGAAAGACUUUGGAGUUGGGCCGGAUGUUAUCCUGACAAACGCAGUUUUUCGCCCGAGGGGUCGGCCAUUAUACCCAAAUGGCUUGGGAAAACACUUACAAAGUUGGCUGCUUUGUCCAGUAUUGUUCCGACAAGACUUUCACUGUUUGUCAGUAUGGGCCGGGGUAAGAAAUUUUUUUUGAUUAGGGACUAAAGAAAAAAACGAAAAACAUUGCAGUCACUGAGAAAGAAAAAUACAACUCGCUUCACUUCUUUUUUAUGAAAAAAAUCAGAAUUUUUCGAAUUUUUCAUCUUCAAGUUAGGAGCACUGUACGGAAAGAUGGUCUUUUUCAAAAUUGCCGUAAAUUUUGAGAAUUAAUUAAUCACGAAAAUUGAGUGAAACCAACUCUUUUUAAAAUGUUCACUUCUUAGGGUGUUUUUCUCAAUCGAAUAAAUGUUUGAACAAAAUUUUAAUUUGCCUGCUGUCUAAAAAUAGUCUAGUAAGAAGCAAAAUUUAUGCGAACUAUAAGAAAUAGCCUCUAACGACCAGAAAAAUUUAACCAUAAUGACAUAAACUCUCUGUUCAGCGUGGGUUGAUGAAAAUAAAAAUUCUUUUUUUCCUUUUUUUCAACUCUACAGUGACGAAUUAAAAAUUAGUGUGAAAUAUCAGAAUGAUAUACUUCAGAAAUAUGAAAAAAAUGAAGAAAUAAAAAUAACAAAUUUUUGUCAUCGAGGCAAAAAGAUUUUAUCUCUCAUUCUUUGAUUUUCAGAGGUAAUGUUCUCGACCAGUCGAUCUACACGAAAGGAUCAGCUUGUACGAACGACGCCGGUUGUCCCGGAACCCAAACCUGCAGCGUAGCCGAAGGACUCUGCAAUGUUGUUUAG